GGCCGGGGCCCGGGCCGGGAGAGGCCUCCUGUGCCGCGGCGGCGAUGGCGGCUGGGGACGGCUCCCGCCUCCUGCCCCCGCUGCCCGCUGCGUGUCCCCUCUGCCCGGUGCGUGUCCCCGCUGCCCGCUGCGUGUCCCCUCUGCCCGGUGCGUGUCCCCGGGCGCGGCAGAGCGGCGGUUGGGCGCGAUCGCGUGGCGCCUCGGCGCGGUGGGUUCGGCGGGCGGUACGGUGGCCGGGAGGGUUCCCUAGGCAACCGCGCCGCCAGCGCGGAGUGCCCGCGGCUCCGCGCGUCCGUGCAGCCCAGAGCCCAAGUGUCAAGUGGUCUGUGGGUGAAUAAGGAGUGAAAGCAGGAAGCAGUUGUCACAACUCACCUGUCAAAAGCAAUUUGCUGGCUUUUCAGCUCAGCUCUUUGGAAGGUGACCAUUCACUUGCAGAUCAUGGCCCAUCGAUUUUCAGAAGAAGAAUUAGAUGAGCAGUUUGAGGAGUUUCUGAAAGAGUCUCUUUCAGAUGAUUCAUUUGGAAACUCGAAGAAAAAACCCAGCGUCCUUGACACACUGGGACAGCCCAGGCAAAAGGAAGCCAAGAAGAAGGAUUCAGUGCCCUGGUGGAUAGCCGAGGAGGAUUCAGUGGGCGGUGGGAUGCUUGGAGCCAACAGGAGCUUUGUCAAGACACAGAACACCUCACAACCUAUGGGAGAAAGUGAGGAGAAUAUGCAUGUGGAGAAGAUGGAGCUGCAGAUGAGCAAUGAGGUUGACAUCUCCUUAAGCAGAGACAGCCUGGACACACAUGAUUCAGUUCUAGCUUCUGGGCCUAAUCAAGGCCUUGUGGGUGUUGGCUUGGAUACCUUGGAAGAACAAGAAGAAAAGGAGAUGUUCUUUGCCAAGCUUGAACAAGAAGCUUCCUCUACUAUUGAUUACUCAAGGUUAAACAAGGAGCUGGAUGCCAACGAUUCUGCCCUGCUGGCACAGCUGCAAUGGAAAGAAGAAACUGCAAAAGGAGAAGGAGAAGCUGCACACGAGGAGAAAUCUGGCAGCUACAGUGACGAUUUUGAAGACGAAACAGAUUCUAAUCCUGCCUUCAAAACUGAGGGAAGUCUGAUGAAUCAGAAUGUGGAUUUAAGUCCCCAAGAACAGGAAGAAGCAGCUGCUGGCAUGCUGGCUAAAGUUGUGCUGCUUGAGUCACAAGAGUCAACUGCAGAGCUUCAAAAGGGCAUCAAGACACCAAAUGUAGCUCUGGAUGAACAUUAUCUGCCUGAAGAAGCAAGUGGAGCUGAAAUAAAUGAAGCAGGCUCUUCCUAUGGACAAAGCACCACUGAGCUGGAGGCCUUGCACCAAGCUUACCACCGUGUUGGGCAGUCUUUGGGAGACACUGAUGAGCAGAAACUGCAAGAUUCUGGAGGGGCAGCCUCAGAAUGCUUAGUGCAAAGUGUCCCACACAGUAAUGACAUCUGUUUGAGAAACAUCUCAACUACUGAGUCAGAUUUGCCUACUGUGGAAGAAUUGAUGCAACCAAUUAAAGGACAUUCAUUUAAUAUCAGAAGUUUUCCUGUGGAGCCUGAAAGUCCUGUGAAACUGAUAGAGAGCACAGCAAAUUACCUCAUCAGCCACUCAGCCCUUACAGAGCACCAGAAUAAUGCAGUCUGGGAGGCAAACUCCAUGGAAAAAUCCAAUAGAGAAGAAAGCAACUUUCUGCAGAGAGCUGUGAGUGAUGAUAAUGUUCAGAGGGCAUCUGAGAAAGAAAUUCAGAGCAGUGAAGUGCAGCCUGAUGAGCUCAGAGAAAAAACAGUCCAAGACUCUCUGCUGUCACAAGGCAGCAAAGCCAAACAAGCUCUUCAUUCUCAUUCCUUGAGGCACCAAAGAUCAGGAUCAGUGACAACUAAGGCAAUGUUAGCCAAGAAUAUCAGAAGUCCAACACCUUUACACAACAAGAAACCUUCCCAUGGUCCUCAUGGGCUGGUUAGAAGCUCUGGGUAUGGGAAACUCACUUCCCCCUCAAAACUGGCUUUUCCAGCAAGUGAAAAGAAAGCACCAAAGGAAACUUUCCAACAGAGCAGAGCGAAAGGCAAAAGUCCUGCAGAUGGAUCAAGAUCUAAAGAAGCCUUGUUUGCUACUAGGAUAAUAAGACCUGCAACAAAUCAACCAGCCUCGAAGGGAAGUGUUCCCAGAGCUCUGUCUGGCCAAGCAGCUGUUCACAACCCAGGACAGCAGGCUGUGGAUUGUUGCAAGCAGUAUCAGCAUGAUUUGUCAUUUUCUCCCAUCAAAAACUGUGACAGAGAACUGUAUUUGCUCAAGCGGUUGCAAGUGGCAGAGGAGGAGCUGUGCACAGCCAAUGAUUUGAUUCAGCAGCUAACCAGCAGGGUUGCACAACAAGAGAAAGAGCUGGAGACCAAGAUAGUGGAAUUGAAAACAGAGCAUGGAAAAGAACUUUCUCAGCUGGGUCAGGAAAACUUCAUUCUUCAGAGUAAGUUGAGAAGCAUGGAAGAGCUGACUAAGGAGCAGAAAUGGGCUCACCAGACAGCAGCAGCCCCUGCCACUGAGAAAAAACUGGCACAAAUACAGAAAGAAGUUGAAGAUCAAGAAGUCAUUAUUCAGGGUUAUCAACAGGAAAAUGAGAGGUUAUACAAACAAGUGAAAGAGCUGCAGAGCCAAAACAAAAGGAAUGAGGAACGAAUGUUUAAGGAGAAUCAGUGUUUGAUGUCUGAAUUGAUAGCCAUAAGAGAAAAGGUGGAGAAGACUGACAACAUCCAGUCCUGGAUCCUGCGGGAUUCUGAGCCUGCCAGAAACCGGAGUUUCACGGAGUUGAUUUCAGAGCUUCGAGCAGCACAGAAGGAAGAAGCUAAAUUACAAGAAGAGAUCAGGCGUCUGAAACAAGAGAAGCAAGCUCUUGAGGUAGACUUGGGACAAGCAAAGAAGGAGAGAGAUUUAGCCAAAGUUCAGAUUGCCUCCACCUCAGAUGAGAAGUCUCAUGAGUUUAAAGUGAUGGAAGAAUCUUACAAGCAGGAAAUCACUCAUUUGAAGAAGAGACUUCAGUGGUAUGCAGAAAAUCAGGACCUCCUGGACAGGGAUGCAGCUCGUCUGAAAGAUGCUAAAGAAGAGAUUGAGAAACUGAAGCUGGAGGUGGAGAAGCUCAGAGCUGAGGCUGGAGAUCAGAGUGUGCAACAGAAGAAACGUUUGAGAGACAGAGCAGCAGAUGCCAGAAGAAUCCAGGAUCUGGAGCGACAGAUCAGAGAAAUGGAAGGAAUCCUAAGAAGAAGGUAUCCAAAUUCUCUGCCUGCUCUGAUUUAUGCUGCUGCUGCUGCUGAGAAAACUGAUGAUCCUUCAGCUAAAGCAAACACAGUUGAUUUUUUGGAGAGGAGAAUAAAGAAGUUAGAAAGAGAACUGGAAGGUAAAGAUGAUGAAGCUAAAAAAAGUCUCCGCACCAUGGAACAGCAGUUUCAAAAGAUAAAGAUCCAGUACGAGCAGAGACUUGUGGAGCUCGAGCAGCUACUUGCCUACAAAUUCAUGAGUGAGUCACCCAAACUGAAUGGUGAUAAAGGCAGCUCUACAGAACUUGAACAAGAGCUUCAGAAGCUAAAGGAGACCCAUCAGGUCACUGUCAAGAACCUCCAGGCAGAGAUUGAAGACCUGAAAAGUCAAAAUUGCCAAUUAAAGCUCAGAACUAAAAAGGAUAAUAAAGACUUGGGGCCCGCAGGCUCUCCAGUGAAACAGAGGAACACCAAAGACAAACUGUGGAAGCUGAAUGAAGAGUUGCUCAGCAAAAAUAAAGAGAUCCAAGAGCUUACAAGAACUGUAGAGAAACUUCAGAAAGAAAGGAUGGUGCUGCUGUCCAGCAACAACUUGAGAACUAAACCAAACCACAAGGAAAGCUCUGCAGAGAUCCUGACAAAGAACUCGGCAGCCGCAGAUAAAAGGCACUGCAGCAGCAGCAGCGAACCCUUGGGAAGCGGUUUCAAGGGUGACAGAAUGCACCAAGCACAAAGCUUUGCUGGGUCUGAGCUCUCAGAGGUGCUGCAGGAAAAUGCAGGUCUGAAAGAGGAGCUGGAAAGGUUAUCUCUGGAGAUGAAGCAGCAGAGGGUGAAGGCUCAGGCAGCGCUGGCAUAUUCCGAAAGUAACAUUCGGAGGAUACAGGAAGACACAGCAGAAUACAUUGCAUCCCUGAAAGCUGCCCAUCAGAGGGAAGUGGAGCAGAUUCUUUGCCAGCAUGCUAAGGAGCAUUCUGCCUCUAAAGUGGCUCAACUCAACAGCAGAAUUUCAACACAAGAGGUACUAAUAAAACAUCUCCAGGAACAAAUGGGUGACCAACAGAGACAUCAGGAAGCCCUCUUAGUGUCACAGAUGAGAGAGGAGCUGCUACAAAAAGAGGUGACAAAACUGCUGGAAGAACUGAGAGAAGCUAAGGAGAGACAAAGUCCUGAAAUGAAGCACUUCUUGUGCCUGGAGAGGAAGAUCAAGCACAUAGAGACCAGGCAGGCAGAAAGGGAGCAGCACAUUCAGCAGGCAGCCCAAGUGACACAGCAGCUCACUGGAGCAAGGCAGAGCCAGGAGGUGGAGCGGUGGCGAAGGUUUGCCCAGCAGAAGAACCAGGAGCUGGAGAGAUUCCGUGUGGAGCUGGACUCCAUCCUGGAUGUGUUAAAGGAGCUGCAGAAACAAGGAGUUGUUAUUCCUGCCCCCAGUUCCACUGGCUUCAGCGUGGCAGACAGCUGCUGGAAGACAUAAUCAGAGAGGAGUUGAUUUGGGCUGCAGAGUUUUGCUCUUCCAUGUUGUGUGCAGAAAAAGUUUGUUAGAAGUUCUUAACCUAAGCUCUGUAGACUGAAUGCCAGCCUGAGCUUCUGGAGUCUUCCUCACCAAAGGUAGGGCUGCACUGAGCAGCAGCCUAGGCAGGUUCUGUGUCUUGUCUUUUGUUAGUAAUAAAGUCCCAGGCAAUUUUAAA